UCUCCACCACUUCUCUCUACAAGAUCGUUGCAUGCACUUCUCUCCUCUAGAUCCAACUCUUGCUCAUAUUUUGUUGAGGAUGGCAUCUAAAAUUGCUGAUGUUGAGGAGUCAGCUCUGUGGUCUACACAAUUAGAGAGACGUUUUGUUGAUAUAAUGGUUGAAGAGGUUAACAAGGGGAACAUGCCAUCUGGGAUAUUUACUUCCAAGUGUUGGAAAAAGAUUGCGGAGGAGUUCAAAAACAAGACUAAUCACGUUUAUAAUGUGAAACAACAGAAGGCAAAAUUUAAUCGAUUACGUACAAAGCAUCGUGAGUUUUCAACUCUUCUAAACGAGACAACUGGGUUUGGUUGGGAUGCGAAAACAAACACUGUGACUACUGAUGAAGAAACUUGGCAAACAUAUUUGCGGGCUCAUCCCAAUGCUAAGUGUUUUUGCAAAAAAGGUUGUGAAAAUUAAAAACUUUUGGGAGUUCUUUUUAAUACGUCGACUGCUACUGGGCAACUUCACUAUGCAUCCACUCAAGAUCCACCUAAUAUAGAUGGAGAACGAGAGCAGGAGGAUCAAUUUAUGAAUACAGGUGUCCAUGUUAGUUCAAUUGCUAAAGGUCAAGAUGAUUCAGAUAAUAUUUUAGUUGAAGACAAUAACCCUCGUCGUCGUAAAUCCACAUCCUCUGAUUGUCGUGCAAAAAAGGUGAGUAAAAAAGAUUCCAUUAGUGAUACUCUUGCUUGUAUUGUUGAAGCUUCCAAAGCAAGGACUGAAGCUUCAUUAGCUAAGGCGGAGACGUAUAAGAAAAUGAAACAUACUCAAAAGGCAACUAGCCCAGACGCAUGCUCUCUAAGUAAUUGUAUUGAAUGCCUUGAGGGUCUUGAUGAGAUAGAUGAUGACACAUAUCUGAAGGCAACUGAAAAGUUCAAGGAAUUGCACUACAGAGAAUUGUUCAUUAAGAUGAGUAUUUCCAGGAAGUUUGCUUGGUUGAAGAGCUUGGACUGACUUGGGUGGUUACUAAAUGCAGGGUUUAGUUUUUGGUUGCAUGUGACUUGAAACACAUAUUUGGUUUUAUGUGUUAUUGAACAAUUUCCUUAUGCCUUAUUUUAUUUUUUAUUUUUCCUAUGCAUGUGACUUUAUGUUAUAUUCGUGUGGGGGACAAUUUAUUAUGUUUUAUGUUAUGAAAACUUUGUUUUGGUGUACCUUUUAUUAUGUUUAAUUUAUAAUGUUUCAUGUAACUUUUUUAUUGUAUUUAAAUUUAGGAAGAAUGUACAUGGAGUCCUAUGAAGGGGAAACAAAAUACAAGCACCAAACAGAACCUCCAUUUUGGAGUUAUGCAGAAAGAGG